ACUAUUAAAGUUAAGUCGUUACAAAGAAAAAAUUUAUCAGAUUGCGAAUAGGUCAUGGCAAGUGAUGGCGUAUGUUAAUGUUGCUGAGUGGAAGACAAAUCAAGUGUGCGAGUGGUUAAAAGGAUUAGAGAACUCUAUUCUUCCAUAUAUUCAUAGUUUUAUGAAUCACAAUGUCAGUGGACAGCAGUUAUUGAAUCUUAGACCUGAGGAUUUGGAGCAUUUAGGUGUGUUAAAGCUAGGACAUCAAGAGAUUAUACUUGAGGCAGUUGAAUACCUUAGAAAUUUUCAUUAUGAGCUGGAUCGAGAAAAUCUUCAGCUCUUGGCAAUGCGCCUAUCUUGUCAAACACUCAGUUUACAUAAUGAAUUGGUCAGACAGAAUGACUCACAACCUGUCACUACACAAACACUAUCUGAUGUAGUAGCAAUAAUUACUGUGGUAAAGCCAUUAAUAAGGUGGUUAGAUCAACAACCAUUUAGUGGACAGCAGACUUACAAUGAUAAAAAGAUUGAGUUGCUUAAAUUAUCACUGGAGAUGGCUACAUGUGCACAAAGAGAUAGAUUUGCUGAAAAACCAAUUGAAGAAAUCAGGACCACAUGUAAACAAAUGGCUAAACUUGCAGACAAUAUUAUUCAAGAUAUUGCUGAUCCAUUGUUACUACAACCUUCAAGUUUAGAUUUGGCUACUUUAAAAAAAAGACCUGGUGAUGAUUUGGGUUUUUGUGUUCUUCCUUCCUUUCAUGGUGCACAUCAAAUCACAGAAAUUAAAUUUGGAUCAGUAGCUCAUCAGUGUGGAAAAAUAGAAGAAAGUGAUGAAAUAGUACAGGUUAAUUAUCAAACUGUAGUGGGUUGGGAAAGGAAGAACGUAUUAGAACUAUUUCGCGAAAAUCCUGCAGAAAGUUUAUUAACUUUAAAAAAAAGGCCCAGGCACACGAAAAUUUAUGGUCAAAUAUAUAUUAAACCAUACAGAUUGCCAAGCAAUAAAAAAACCCCUUAUGCAACUAGAUGGCAAAAUAAUUUACCUUCUCCAAGACCAGAAUUACUAACAAUACCUGAUUUUACAAUGCCAUUACCAAGACACGUUCCAAAAAUUUCCAUUCCUGAGCCAAUUUCAAUUCUCGAUACGGUUUCCAUAUUUGAUACAAUGAUGACUGAUGAUGAUAAUAGUGAUUCAGAUAUUGAAAUUGAAACAUCGUCGUCGGUACGAUUUUAUUCUGUUAGACCACGCAACCUGAUUCAAAGACGUGCCACUAUUACUUGUGCUUCAUCUACAAUUAAACAUAAUUUUGAUAUUGAACAAUUUUGGAAAGAACUUAAAGAAAAGCACAGUACAACCUUCAAGUUACAUGAUAAAGCGGUUUCAUGCGCUCAUGGUUUGAAUAAUGUGCAGAAAGUGCCAGUAAAUUUGAGAUCCCAAACGUGCCUUCACUUUCAGCAACACUCUUGUAAGAAACGAGUUGCUACUAUAAGUAAUAGUAGAGCAGUACAAUUUCAGAAUAACAAUUUGUGUGAUGAUCGAUUUACGUAUAAUAACAGACGAGACCAUAUCACAGUUAAUACUAUAAAUGGUAUUAAUGUUAAAUAUUCUGAAAUACCUAAUUCUGAGAAUAAGAAUAAUGCCCAAUUGCAAACUUCAUGUAAAAUAAUCGUUGAUGCUCAAAGUGAUAAUAAAAACAGUGAUUAUACUGUGCCUUUUAAAGAAUCCGUAUAUCAGAGUAAAUGUUCCAAUUAUACAGAUGACAAUAAGGAACAUUCAAGAACUGUAAUCCAUGAAUUGAAUAACAAAAAACAUGAAACAUUUGAUAAAAGUCAUAGUACACCAAGUAAUAAUUUCACAGAAUCGAAUGAUGAUUUUAUUGAUAAAAAAUUCGAAAUUGCCCUUGAUAAACAGUAUAAACAGCAGAGAAUGAGAAAUACUAAUCUUGUUAAUAACAAUAAUAGUAACUUAAAUGAGAGUGAAUUGCCUCUUUUUGACUUUACAGAAGAAUUGGAGGAACACAAACAAACAUAUAUGCAAAAUUGUACAAUUAAUGAUCGAAAAGUUGAUUUUCUUAAUACACAAAUCAUAGGCAAUGUAGCACAAAAAAUUACUGAUAUUGAAAAGACUAUAAACAAUAAAAGUAUUGAGAGUACAGAAAAGAUUACUUCAAAGAUUUCUUCAGUUUGUGAUGUAAUAAAAACAAGAUUUUACAUUAAAGUUGACGAUAUUGAUAUUGAUUUCAAUGAUAACGUACACGAAUUUAAAGUUGAUUCCUGUAAUAUAACUGCAGAUUUUUAUACCGACGAGGAAAAUAAUGGUUUUGUGAAGAUGUUAUCAAUGCCAAAAUCAGGCUAUUUUAUCAAGAGUGUUAAUAAUCAGUUCAUAGAAUCAAAAAGGGAAAUCAGUGAAGAUACAUUUGGACCAUUGAAUAGUAACAAUGAAAAGAGAGGUACAAAUUGCAAAAGUAACAGUGAAAUUACCAUAAAAAAAUUCAAUAAUAUUGAUGAUACCUUACAAGAACAUACAGAAUCAAUCGUGCAAAUAGCUAAAGUCAAUGAAAAUAAACAUCACAACAUCAAGCAAUUUAUAGAAGAGAUUAGUGAAAAAUAUAGUGACCUUCAUAAGGAUAGUAAUCAAAAUGAAAAAAUGAUUAAAGCUUUAUCACCGAAUGUACACCACUACAAAAAUGCUGUAGUUGGGAAUAUUAGUAUGAAAUAUCCAACACCAAUUUCAAAUAAUAUAUCUCAUCCGAUUCAUUCAGAAAGUUUGAAACAAGAUAUUAGUGGAAAAUCUAAAGUAAAGAUUAAAUUAAUGCCUCCAAUACCACCACCAAGAAAAUACAUCACAAAAUCAACUAUGAAUGUUGAUAUAACUCAACAUCAGCAACGAAUGAUCAAUAUUAAUUUACAAAAUAAUCAUCAACAGCAACAGCCAACAAAGCCAAAGAUCCCAGAAAGAAGCAAGGUUUGGCAAAAUCUAAAAAAAAUUGAUAUGGCUCGAGAGAUUAUCUCUAUAAAAGAGGAAAAUUUACCUGAGCAUCAUAGAAGUGAACACUUCAAAACUGAUUCAAAUUUCAUAAAUGAACCAACAUUUUCACAGGAGAUAAAAGUAACAUGUUUACUUGAUGAUUCUUUUGGUUAUACUCAAAUUGCAGAAGCCAAGUCAAUAGAUGAAUCAAAGUUGCAUGUAUCUAUUUGUUCGCAACCUCAAGAUUUUUCUGAUGAUUCAUGCUCGUUACAUCAGUCAGAUAAUAAACGAAUUUUUGAAAAAGAUCGAAGUCAUGAAAGGGGUAUGGUUAACAGAGCUAUGACGGUAGCUAAAAGUAUAGGUUUACAUAGUACUUUAAUCAAGUCAAGCAGUAGUCCAAAAAAUAUUAGGAAACAAAAUACCAAUCUAACUAAACGAAGAAAUGUAAGUGUUAAGGACAUUACUCCUGGAGAUUUAGAAGGAUGGUUAACUUACCGUAGUCGAGGUGCUGGUGGGGCUUGGGCUAGAGCAUGGUUUAUAAUGAAGGAUACAUCAUUAUAUAGAUUUAAAAGUCAAAAUAGCAAUAAAGCAAAUUGCCUUAUUGUUCUAUCAGGAUUUACAGCUUCUCAGGCUGCUGAAGUGAAAUCACGAAAAUAUGCCUUCAAAGUUUACCAUACAGGUACUGUAUUUUAUUUUGCUGCAGAUACAGACGAUACUUUUAUCAUGUGGUUAGAUGCCAUAAACAGAGCAACUUUUGGAGCUGAUCAAACUAGUGGAUUGUUCAGUGAAACAGAUGAAAGUGAUAUAGAAAAUAAAAUUAAAGUAAAAUGCCUUUCAAUAGAAUCAAAACCUGUAACAGAAAAGGCUUUUCGAUCACUCAAGAAACUUAGUAAAAAAGAUUCCAUUAUGAAAGAUCAUGAAAUAUCUGGAUCAAGUUUAGAUAGGAAAUAUCUCAAAUUUUUAGGAACUAGAACUCAAAAUGUUCCUGUGCCUACUGCUCAGUUUCGAAGUUACAGAAGGGUUUUGCCAACAACACCAAAUAGUAAGCUAGAGAAAUUAAGCACACCUGACUUACAAAUAACUAUUGCUGGAAGUACAUUUUAUGGAUUAAGUACUUCACAUAGUACAAGUGAUGUAUUAAAUUCAUCUCUUAAGAUGAGUGAUUAUAGACAAACUACAGAUAGAUCUCAAAUAAGCCAUAAUUAUCAGCAUUCUGAUGAAUUUCAAGGGUUUAUUACAUUAGAACAAUUUAUGCUUUCUCGGCAAGAGGAAGAAAGUGUACAUACUAUUAAUAACAAUAAUAAUAAAAGUGCACAGUUUACUUUUCUGGACAAUGGUCAUAGGCAUCUUCAGGAUCAAAAUAUUGCUAACGGUAGUCCUAUAACUAAUAUGGUUCAAAACAACCAUAUGAUAUAUGGUUUUCCAAAUAAUGAAGAUAAUAUAUUAUUAUCAUCAAGAAGAUUAGGGAAUCCUACAUAUAUUGAAGCUUGUACAUCCAGUUGUCCUUUUGAUAAUGAAGCAAAUAUUCAUAGUGUGAGAAAUGAAUCGAUGAAAAGCAAAAUCCACAAGAACUCUUUGAAAUCAAGUUACACCCAGUUUAAAAAUCCAUCAAAUAAUAAUCAUUAUGAAGGACACCAGCCAUAUUUACACAUUUUAAAUAAUGAAGAUUUUAAAAAUAAUCCUAUGAAUACAGUAAAUAAUAGUGAAAUUCAAUUUUCAACUUUAGAUUAUGGUGAAAGAUUGAAGCCUCAGCCAUGGUCUAGAAUUAUUGAGGGUGAUAAUGCUAAUAAAGAUUUACAGAAUACUAAAAAGAAAAUAUUAAAAAGUCAUUCAAAUUCGAGUGGUGAUCCCAGAUGCCAUGCCUGUUCAGAAACUAUACAAUACAGCAAAAAGAAGUCAUCAAUUGCACGUAAUGGUAGUUUUAAUAUGGCUGAUCAACGAAGACAUAAUCACAUCCACUCAGAACGCAACUGGAUCGAGUUGCUGCAUUCUGCUGAUAAAAAAGGUUUCAAUAUUAACAAUUCACAGUUAAAACGCGGCGUUCAAUACCAUUCCCCACCUAUACCUUUGCCAAUUUUUGAAAAAGAUAGUAUAAAAGUUGCUUAUGAAACGCAGUUAGAUAAAGGAACAGCACAAAAAAAAAAUAAUAAAGGGUUGAGGAAUUUAUUUGGAAAUAAGAAUCUACAAAAAUCUAGUUCAUUGAAUUUAUCAUAUGAACCACAAAAAACACUAUUAGGUUCUCCAAAAUUACACCGAACAUUAUUUCAUGACAAAUCUUCCAAUCAAUAUCAAUAUAGUUGUUCUGACACUGAAAAUCCUAAAACUAAUAGAAUAAUGCAAUGUUUAUGUUCUUAUAAUAGAGAUAAUCAAUAUCGGAUAUUUAAUCAGGAUAAUAAUUCAGUGAACUUGGCCAAUGAGUGGAAUUCAAAUACUAUACCUCAUACUCCAACAUGUAUAAUGAGUGGAGUGACAUUAUAUCAAAAGAGAUUGAAUACAAGACAUCACAUGUCACCACCUAUAUUUCCAUACAUACCACCACCAACGUCACCACCACCUGAUUACUCAGGUCUGGAGUACCCUCCAGUUUUUGAGCCAGGAACCUAUUCGCUCUCAGAUGCAUCACUACUUCAUUAUCGCAGUACUAAAAACAAUCAAAAUUAUAGUGAUUAACGUUGAAAUAACCUUUUUACUUAUAAAAAAUAACAGUAAACAAAAAUAUUCCAUAUUAUCUAGUUUGUACUGUGUAUUACAUAUCAAACAUUGCAUGUGCACUAGAGAUCUCAACUUAUUGAUGCUUACACAGUUUAAUAAAAUACUUAUAUUUACACAUAUAUGAACACCAAUUAAUUUAGAUGUUCUAAUGUGUAAAUGGUAAUUGCCUGUAUCAAAAUUCUGUCAUAUGCAUUUGCAGACCUUGUAUAUGUAGCAGGUAUUCCAUUUCUAUGGUUUAAUAUCUUGAGCUAUUUAUAUUUAGAUCAA